CAGCUUAUAUAGAUACACAGGGCUAGAUCCCUUGCAGUCCAACUAAACAUGAGCUCUGUACAGGAUCUUGACUAUCCAAAGCAACUCCUUGAAUAUAGAGAUGGUUUUCUUUUUUCUAAGACUUUGUUUACAGCCUGUGAGCUGGGAAUAUUCGAUUUGUUACAUAAAUCAGGUGAAGCUCUGUCUACCCUGGCUAUCUCCUCUCAGCUGGGCACCAACACAGAUGCAACAGAUCGCCUCCUUAGUGCCUGCGUCGGACUAAAGCUCCUGAAAGUGGAGAUGAAAAAUAAUGAAGCUUUCUUUUCAAAUACAGAUGUCUCCAAUAUGUAUCUGGUAAAAUCAAGCCCAAGAUCAUUCUACCAAAUGAUGAUGUAUUAUUCCAAAACUAUAUACAUGUGCUGGCACUUCUUACCUGAUGCUAUAAGGGAAGGCAAAAGGCAGUAUGAACGAGCUUUUGGAAUAACUUCAGAGGAUAUAUUUAAAGAUUUGUACAGGUCAGAGGAAGAGACGGUGAGUUUCAUGCAUCAUAUGGAAUCAAUAUGGCAUAUAUGUGGAAAAGAUGUUCUUGCAGCCUUUGAUCUAUCUUCUUUUAAGGAAAUCUGUGAUAUAGGAGGAUGCUCGGGUGGUCUUGCCAAGCAUUUUCUUUCUCUGUAUCCUUCUUCUUCCGUGACCAUUAUGGAUCUGCCUGAAGUAGUGCAAAUGGCAAAGAAGCACUUUAUAACAGAUGGAGACAUUGUUUUCCUUGAAGGAGAUUUUUUUAAUGAUCCCCUUCCGGAGUCAGACCUGUAUAUAUUGGCUAGAAUCAUCCAUGACUGGACAGAAGAUAAAUGCCUCCGUCUGCUAAAUAAAAUUUACAAGUCUUGCAGACCAGGAGGUGGGGUCCUGCUAGUCGAAGCGCUGCUGAACGAGGACAGAAGUGGCCCAUUGUCUUCCCAGAUGUUUUCACUGAACAUGUUGCUGCAGACAGAAGGGAAGGAGAGGAGUGCAUCUGAAUACCACAAGCUUCUGGCUGAUUCUGGCUUCAGGGAAAUUCAAGUGAAAGCAACUGGAAAGUUCUACGAUGCUGUACUGGGGAAGAAGUAAACUAAUAUGCAUCCCUUCACUUUGUUGCCUGUCAGCAAAAGAACUGCAUAUUUUGUUUCACCUUUCUUGAUUACUUGUUUAACAUCUUUACUCAAAUAUUUACCCAAACAUCAGACUAAUUAGUAACUAAUUGCAAUCAUUUUUAAUAUAUAUUUCAUGGCGAGUUUUGAAGCCUACUGUUAAUUUUAUAUUGAUCAGUUUAUAUCUUGUGCAAUAACUGAUACAUUUAUGGAGCAGUAUUGUACAGUUCACUUGAUAUCUCAUAUUUAUCAUUAACCCAUGCUUGUGAUAUAAUUCAGUUCUUACAUGUAAUUUCUGUGCUUAUUUUAUCGUGUCCUUGUUUACAGUGAUAUUCUCUCCAAUUACACAGCCAUCUCACAUAACAGUGUAAUGUAAUUUCAGUGUUAGCACUUUCCUUUAGCUGACUUAGAUUUGAUGGUAAUGACAUUAAAGACUUGAUUUACUGCAUUAUCCGAUUAUGCGAUACAAUUAUUAUUGUAAUAAAACAUGUAAUGUGGUCCUUUGAAAAGCUCAAAAUACAAUCUUUUUUUCAUUUCGCUA